AUGCAGAUGUUGAGCACAUGUUGAGGCCGGAGGAAAUAGCAAUUUUGGAGCAGAACAAAACUCCUAACCUAGAUAUAUUGUCAACGGAGAAAUGGAAGCCUUUCCAUACCUUUGCUCUAGCUGGACAAAUAAAAUUUAUGGAUGGUCUCCUCGAGAAUGGAUAUGAUAUCGAGCUAGUUGAUAAGGGUGGGUCGACUGCGCUGCAUCUGGCAGUCAUUGGAAAGAGAGAGGCCGUCAUUAGUCAUCUCUUGAGGAAAGGAGCAAAUCCUGAAGCACGAGAUCAGGACGGUGUUACUGCCCUCCAUUAUGCUGUUCAAGUAGGGGCGAUGCAAACUGUGAAACUGUUGAUGAAGUACAAGGUUGAUGUGAACGUCGCUGAUAACGAAGGAUGGACACCAUUGCACGUGGCAAUGCAGACGAGAAACAGAUACAUAGCGAAGAUCUUGUUAGUUAAUGGCGCUGACAUAAACAGGAGGAACAAGGAUGGGAAUACGCCCCUUGAUCUUAGCUUAUGUUAUGGCAAAGAGUUCAAGACGUAUGAUCUUGCCAAAAUGUUGAAACAAGUUGCUGGUAGCAGAAAUCUCGAUUUAGGCAGAAUUGGAGUGUGAAAGAUGGAGACAUGAUGUUGCAGAAAUCUCUUUUGAAGCUUUAUGUUGCUGUCUCAUUCAUGGGAUUAAUCUUUCAUACGCCAAUGAAGAAAAUGUAUUAUAGGA